AUGUCAUUUGCAAAUGAUAUUUCCAAAACCCAAUAUUUUUACGAACUAGAAGGCUACAUGUCACCCGAACUGUUCAAGUCCCGAAUGCAAACACUCGACAAAGUAGUAAAAAAAACACGCGUUCCACGCCUACUUUCUUUUUUCCCAUUCUUCCUACUGGUGACAAUUCUUAGCAGUCCUUUGAUUAUCACGGAGAUCAUACUUAUGUUGAAGAGUAGCUCGGAAGAUAAUAAUUCGCCUUCAAAGCCUUUUUCAGCAUAUUUGUCAACAUUCUUGACAAUUUUUGGAUGCUAUCUUGUAGGAUUUUUCCUGUGGUUCCUAUUUGUAAAGAGACAAAAAACAAAGCGAAAUAAAGCCAUCAACAAACAACUAGAAGAAUUCAAUAUUAUCGAUAAUCCAAAUCACCUAAACUGGCGAACGGAAAUCGAGUUCGAAAAGAAUGAAGGCACAAAUUCUAUGGUGACGCUAGAAAGGAAACUAGUGUUGGAUAUAAUAGCGUCCUAUUCAGCUAUGAUACAAUUACAAUUCCCAGAAACAGCAUUUAUUGAUAUCAAUGAAAACCGUUGCAGUAGUACUGAUAGCGUGUAUUCUGAUGGAAGUUAUCGAACUCUAUCAACUAAUCAUAAUACGAACUGCUACUUUCUCGAGUCUGGCUCUAACGACACAGAGUUCCUUGGUUUCGAAUCUGCCGUCGUAUGA